AUGGCUGGAUCUGGAACGGGUGAGCUUCGUGCUCCAAUCUUCAAUGGCAGCAACUAUGACUUCUGGAGAAUAAAGAUGUGCACGAUCUUCAAAUCUCACAAGCUGUGGGAUAUGGUUGAAAAAGGAUAUGAUCAACCUGUGAAGAAGGAAGGAGAAGAUCUGACUGCAGCUCAAAAGCUUGCUUUGGAAGAGAAUAUUGCAAAGGAUGCUAAGGCCUUGGGACUGAUACAAGGUGCAGUUUCUGAUGACAUCUUUCCUAGAAUUGCAUUGAAGGAGUCAGCCAAGGAAGCAUGGGUGAUCCUGCAACAAGAGUUCAGAGGAAAUAAGAAGGUGAGAUCUGUGAAACUUCAAGAUCUUAGAAGAGAAUUUGAAUACACACGUAUACAUGAUGACGAGUCAUUAUCUGGGUAUGUCAAUAAACUGCUUGAGCUAGUGAAUCAAAUGAAGGCUUAUGGUGAAGAGUUAACUGAGCAAAGAAUUGUUCAGAAACUCUUGAUUAGUUUAUCCAAAGAAUAUGAUUCUAUUGCUGAAGUUAUAGAGGAAACAAAAGACACAGAAUCUAUAGGGGUUCAGGAGGUUAUAGGCUCUCUAAAAUCCCAUGAACAACGUUUACUAAGGCAUAAUGAGAGAGUGACAGAAAAGGCAUUUUACAGCCUAAAUGUAGGUUCUAAAGAUCAAUCAAACACAGGACAAGCAGGUGGUUCCAAGUCUAAGAAGAAUUGGAAAUCUCAGAAAGGGAAGAAGUGGGAUACCAAGUCUGAAAACAAUUCCAAGAAGGAAAAUCAGACUGAAGGGGCCAAGGUUCCCUGCAAAACUUGUGACAAAUUGCACUAUGGUGUGUGUUGGUUCAAAGGCAAACCAAAAUGUUACAAGUGUGAGAGGUUUGGUCAUAUAGCCAAAGACUGCAGAGGAAAAUCUGAUCAAUCUGCAAAUUAUGCAACACAUAAGGAGGAAGAAGGUACGAUCUUCUAUGCAUGUCAUGCUGCUGCAGUAGUGAAGAACAAUGGUGUGUGGUAUGUGGACAGCGCAUGCAACAAUCACAUGACCUCACACGCAUCCUUCUAG